CUCAGCCAUGGGCACUAUGGCUUCUGUAGUUACAGUGAAUGGUGAAGUCAUGAAAGUUUUUAAUGAUAUGAAAGUAAGGAAAUCUUCUACACAAGAGGAGAUCAAAAAAAGAAAGAAAGCUGUUCUCUUCUGUUUAAGCGAUGAUAAAAGACAAACAAUUGUAGAGGAAGCAAAGCAGAUCUUGGUGGGUGACAUUGGUGAUACUGUAGAAGACCCCUACACAUCUUUUGUGAAGUUGUUACCUCUGAAUGAUUGCCGAUAUGCUUUGUAUGAUGCCACAUACGAAACAAAAGAGUCUAAGAAAGAAGAUCUAGUAUUUAUAUUCUGAGCUCCUGAAAGUGCACCUUCAAAAAGCAAGAUGAUUUAUGCUAGCUCUAAAGAUGCCAUUAAAAAGAAAUUUACAGAUAUUAAACACGAAUGGCAGGUAAAUGGUUUGGAUGAUAUUAAGGACCCUUCCACGCUUGGAGAAAAAUUGGCAGGCAAUGUAGUAGUUUCACUUGAAGGAAAACCAUUAUAAAGUGACAGUCAAGUGCCAUCUUGAUCUUAAGGAGCUUCUAUUUCUCCAGCUCAGUCCAUUGGAA